CUGAAGGAUCCCGGAGAGAAGAAGCAGAAGCAGAAGAAGUCCACUUGUGCUGCAGAACUCCCUCCGUCUCCAACAUGAGCGAGCUGGCAUCCACUAACUCUGCUAACAGCAGCCAGACGACUGCAGCUGACAACAAAGAGAAGGCAUCGGCAGCGAAGCCCCAGGAGCAGGAGGAGGAGAUCGACAUCGACCUGGAGGCGCCGGAGACGGAGAAGGCAGCGCUCGCCAUCCAGAACCAGUUCAGGCGCUUCCAGAAGAAAAAGAAGUAGACUGACUGAUCGCGACAGGAAAAGAUAUGAGAUAAAAAGAAAAGAACAAAAAAGAACAAAAAAAAAAACCAAAACAAAACUUUCCGCUGAUGUACAGAUAUACAGUAAACGAUUGAUGGUGGUUUGGGAGGUGGGGGGUGGGGGGAGGGUCGGGGUGACAGAGCGGGGAUUCAAGCCGUUCAGGAUUUAUCGUCAUAUUAUGCAAAGUGUCAUGAAAACGCCUUUUUGCAUGAGAGAUGGGCUGGUAGAGGACGAAGAAGCUGAGGGGGGCAAGAAAGAGGGAAAGGAUGAGAAAUAAGGUGACGAUUUGGAAAUUAUAAUCUAGCAUGACGAAAUACUGUAACCUCCUGCCACCACAUUAACCUUUGCAAAUGUCCCUACAUGUCCGCCGCGUGUCCCUCGAUGCUCCCCGACGUGCAGCCCUUUACCCCGCUUGACGCAACACGAGCCCCGCACACGAGAGGACAACGUAAAAAAAAACACAAACAGGCUUCUUCGCUAAGUGACAGAACAAGCACACGUCCUUCAACACUGACGAAACAGGAACGCACAAAAAGAUCAGAAGCACACUCUCUAGUUUCUCGGCUCUUUUCUUUCCGCUUCCUUUGCCGUCACCAGGCUUCCUUUCUUUCUGUCUCUCUCUGCGCGAGGAUGAAAAUAACACAGAGCAACUGUCUCAGGUGUAAAAUCACCUCUUGUGCAGGCCAGAUAUUGGAUAGCUGCUGCCAGUCUGAUCUCACAGGUGACGGAGGUGGUGGUCAUGGAAACUGGCUGCUAACUCGCUCGGUUAGAGGCGAUUUGCUGCAGGCGAGAUCAAUAUGUGAUGGAAAGCAGGCCCCGCCGCCGCCGCUGCCGCCGCUCGCUCACAUGACUCGUCCGAACCUCUCGAACACAGGCCGGCUAAUGACUGACACAUUAGCGGUGGUCGAGUGUUUAUGUGCGCACAACUUCCAGCAGUCUCCCGGUGACACAUGAUGCUGUUUAAUAUCAAUGAGCACUCCAUGACCUGGUGGAAAUCCAUUCAAAUAUUCAUACCUGCUCAUUUAAAAACAAGCCUUCAAGUGGCAUUUAAUGAAGUUCCGGUUAUUAGAUCUGUAGAGGCUGCGGCAGUGUCUGAGGUGUCGCCCCCGCUGCCUCUGUCACUGAUAGUCCAGGGGACAAGAGGCGCUGAUAAAUAAUUCCCACUGUUUGUUUUAAUUCGAUUAAAGAUGUAAGCUAAUGCUUGCUUUCACAUCUUGGCUGUAAAUUGACGUCCGUCCCUGUGCCAGUUAAAUCUUGUUCGCUGGAAGUGACUGUUCAUGAAGCCCGUCUAAGUUACUGCUGCUACACCUGUCAGUGUGUUAAUCACACACCUGCUUAUGCAGCUCUCUGCAGUGGAGGCGGCUCAAAGUUUACGACUCAAAAUUUGCAGAUUUUUAAAGCUGUUUCGUUUAGCGUUUGGCUAAAGUAGCUUCUUGCCCGAUUUUGGCAGGAAAAAUGAUGACCGUUGCUGGCAGUUUCAAUUAGCUCAGAUUAGCUCUUGCUAUAAAAAAAAAAAAAGAAAAUCUGUAAAAGCGUUUUUUAAAAAUGCACCUUGCAACUUGAUAUGAAGCCCCUGUAUUAAAAGUAAUGUAAAGAAAACGGCACAAAUAUAGAUUUCUGCCAUUUCAGAUGCAUGCUUAGAACACAAAGCAGCAAAAAUCUGGAUGUGAGGCCCAAACGUAGAAGAAAAUUCUCCAAAACAUCUGUAUUAGUGUGGACGAGGUCUAAGUUGAGCAUGAAAGCUCAUUCUUGACUUGGAAACAGAUAAAAAAAAGAGAAAAUCCCAACUCAAGACCACCUCAUGAGCUUUUUCCAUUGUUUCAACCCGUUAAAUCUGAGCUGCAGCAUCACAACAAACUCUGGAAAAAGCCGUGAGGGACUCUGCAUUGUUCUCACCGUUAUCAUGCCACAGCUCACACUGUCUACUAUCUUUACACAGGAACAAAUAUUCUGAAGUCCAGCAGGUCAGAAACCAGGUCUGAAGUCACCGAUAUAGAAAGACAUUCGUUCAUCUAUACGACGGGAUCACGUUGCUCCUCCGCCAUCAGUCACAUUCACAACACUUAAACAGGCUCUGUCUGUGUCUGAGAGCUCUCAGCCAUGCUGGGUGUUGGGUUACUUAUUGCCCCAGUAGGUAACUCAAACCUCCGCAUCCUUAAAUAAACACUUGAUAAUGAUUCGGGGGAGAUGCCAGCCGUGAACCUGAGCCCUCUCACCUUCAGAUCAGACACACUGCAGCUGCCGAGCAGAGACGGAAAGAAAGACGCUGAACAAGAGACAGAAAAUCGACAAAAGAGAAACUCCCUUAUUGCUAUUUGGACUUGAAGCAGUUAAUGCAUAAGCACACUUUGCUAAUGAAUGACUCCUACAAUAUACAUGCACUGUAUAUAUUUAUAUAUAUAUUUAUGUAUGAUGGGACAACACACUCCCAGAUCCUCCCCUCUCUCCCUCCAUGUAUGUAGCACACUGAACUGCUUCUAAAAGGCCACACGUUCUCUCCAUUGCUUUAAUAACAAUCUCACUAAUUACUCAAAUUAUUAUUGGAAUGUAACCUCUUUUCCAUUUCGAGGACAGGAAGCGGUUGCAAAAAAGAAAAUGCAACCGGCACAAGCUGCUGCCGCCCGCUCGCUCUCCUCCGUCACUGUUUCCUCCUUCCGCCGUGUGAGAGGAGAUGUGUUGAUGACAUCGCCCGAGUUUCAUAUCAAACUCCCUUUUCUCCCCUAAACCGGAUUCGACACGGUUUCCAAAUAAUUACCUGACAUACACGGUCAGACGGAUUUAGGUGGAUGUGAUUUGGGAGGCCUGCUGAACAGACACAUCGAGUGUAAAGCACUGCUUGCAUGCAAUUCUUUAACAAAAAGUUAAAUCUGCUUGUCCGGUGUUGAUACACUUGAGCUUGAACUGAUAGGAUUAACAAGUUAUAAAUACAGCACAGCCGAGCUUAGCGGACGCCACCCAGAUCCAGCCUCCUUUAUGCACCUGCGUCGCUUUAUCCAGCUGUUGGACAUCACGGCAACACUCUUUAGAACAGAGACUGGAUGUUAAAAUUUGGUGCUGUAAAGGCCCUGAAAGCAUUUUGUGUCAACCAGUGGGAUGGAUGCAGCCAAAGCAGCUCUGGAGCAGAGAGUUUGGCUUUUUGGCCGUCGACAUCCUCGUUUUUUAGAAUCAGACGUGACGAGCGACGGGUGGAUCUGACUGAGGAUAAUGCAUAUCUGGCUUUUUUUACUCUAAAUGCGAUCAGAAUUUACAAAAUGAACAUUGAAGACUUGAAAGCAGCUGUUGAGACUAUAAGUUUGUUUACUGAGGGAGCAGAUCAAGUAGGAAGUAGAGUUGUUUCCUCACAGACUUUCUGCACAGUCAGACUUAUUUUUGCAACCAGAGGAGUCGCCCCCUGCUGGCUCUUAGAAAACAGAUGCAGGUUUGCAUGUGGCUGUACUUUCAGACGGUGUCCAUCUUUUAGGAGGACACAGCUAAACCCAGUGAAGCGUACGUGACAUUGGAACAGCCAAUAGCAGCCUUUGAAACAAGGUCACGUCACGUGUUUUAGCAUUCAGCGACAUUCGAAUCAGUCCGGUGACGCUUGGAGCCUGAUCUGGCGACACCCACGCAGCCCCAGUGGAGCAGAUUAGUGGUGUUCUGGGGCAUAAAGAGGCUUUUUAUUCAGCACUAAUUUUCAUGAUUCUAGAACACAAUCGAUGAAAAACGAAGCCAGACGGACCAGAUGAAGCCCGUUUGAUGUGUUGUGUGUACAAAGAGGGAAGACUUUGAAUCAUCAUUGUAGGAACCUGCUCACCGAGUCUCUGUCUGGAGGCUGUAAAUAGCUACCUGUCAGAAUCUUAAGAACCUUAAUGUUGCUUGGCAACAGACACAACUCGAGGAAGUAACGCCAGGCUGGUCAUUUCAAUGUGAAAUGUGACUUGUGAUAAGCCCUGUGGAUUUGAGGCUGCGAGACCACUCAGGCGACUGCGACGGAAAGGUCACAGGUUUGAUCCUCACAGGAAUCUGCAGCGUCUCUGUUAUAUGGGGAGCCGCCGAGGGUAAACCGAACAGCUCUAAAUAUCAAGAUUUCAGAGGGGAGAAAGGAGUUUGAUACGAAUUCGGCAUUAAAACGUCGAGUCGAUAAAGCCAUCAGAGCUCCCGGUGAUGGGUCACGAGCUUGCACGUAAUGCAGUUUCUGUUCACGUGUGACUUUUUUCUACAAUCGAGCAGGGAUGUCACUUUUUCUUGGCGACAUCCCAACAUACAGUACCGUUAUCGAUCUACAGACCUACUCUUUGUUUCUCUAGCAGCUAACAGAGUAUUAUGAAGCCAUCCGAUGCACUUUGCUUACCGAGCUAACCACAUGACAGAUGCUGCUGCUGCUGCUGCUGCUGCUGCUACGUUUCAGCAUGUUGCUCAAAGUGCGGCAAACGAGAAGUUUAGGUCAGAUUUGUCAAGGACUCAUCCAACUUAUACUUUCCUCCCCCAAAUAUCCCAUCCAGACUUCCAGCUCCCCCCUUUGCACACAUUAUAGCAUGUAAGCACACUGGUCUUUCUGUCUUUCUUUAUUUCUUUCUUUGUCAAUGCUGUGUUUUCGCUUUGCUUUGUUAGCCUGACCUCAUUUCCCUUUCCCCGAAGGCAACCCAAUGCGGGGUUCGGCGAGCACAGCUUGCUCGCCGUGAAAGAGGGAAGGAUGGGUGGAAUAAAAAGCUUGUCUCACUGCUGUGAUCAUGAAUGGAGCAAAAAAAAAAUAAAAAGCUGCGUAUAGUUUGACCAGGAUGGCUUAAGUGAAGUCCACACAUCCUCCUUAAAAACCUCUUGACGUCACGGCAGACAAGAGCUUGGCAAACAGCGGCCGAGGCUUUUGUACACACCGUUCACACUCCAGCGUCUGUACAGUGUCUCCCUAAAUCCACGCUUGCUAACUUAAUAUUCUCCUCUGCUUGCACAUGUUUAUCUACAUCCACUUCUUAUUACGCUUGACAAGAAUAUAAUGGACUGGAUAGAGAGAAGUAAUUGGUGCGGUUUGCCAACAGUGGAUAUUUGGGCACAGCUUUACAGCCUAGAAAUGACAUCAAAGCCAUACUUUAGAGAACAGAAACACAUAUUUAGAUAAUCUCUUCUUGUACAUCCCUUCUUUAUGUUGUCUGUAGUGCAACAGCGACGCAAACCCCAGAAGAAGAACUCCUCACUGAGAAGCAUGUUUUAGGUGAAUAGCCGGCAGUUUGUCUACGAAGAAAACCCGUAAAGUAGGAUUUUAGUUUGUACUUUGAGAUGAUUGUACGCUCACAACGUGGCAUUGAGGCGUUCGCUUACCCGUCACAGCGUGGCCGACCAGUGACCACUGUCCUUUCAGGGAGGCAUCUGCCAAUCAGGAAGCUCUACAGGGCCCCACCCUCAACCCACUGAUAUUCUUAUUGCCUCGUUACUUAUUCUACCAUGAUGAUCGAUGCUUUAUUUAUUACUUUCUAUAACCUUUGUUAUCGUGAACUUCUCCCACUUGUUUCGUUGUGUUUCUGAUGUGACGGCAUGUGAAAUCCAUAUUUGUAUGUUGUAGACUAUGAAUUUCCCUUUUUGUGUAUUUUGACAUUUCAAAUCUAUGAUGUGUUGUUGGGAUUUGAGAACCGGUGGCCGAGGUGAGAAUGCACAAGAACACUCCCUGUAUUGUGUUUUCUGCACAAAAAUAAAAUUAGCUGCAUAUUGCUUUGAA